UUUGGAAAUUCAAGAUUAUCCUUAAGUGCCCGCCCUUUCCCAUUCACUAAGUGCUGGUCUGGUGAAUUGUUUCUGUCACGGUUGCAAGCCUGAAGUUUUCUGCACUUCCUACAUUUGCUGCUUUUCCUUUCUUCCGCUCGAUCAGAGAGGAAGGGGAAGUAAAUAUGGAAAAGUGAAGUACCUGUGUCGUUUCCGUGACGGGUGACACUUAUUCUCCGUUGACACACAGAAUCAAGAUUAAGAUGGACAAAAGCGAAAUGGUUUGACACGUGCUCUGGGUUGAAAAAGAACAUAAACAAGAUUCCUACAUUAGAAUUUUGAAAACCAAAUCAUGGAGGGGCCUUCAACUGUGCAAGCUUCACUGUGAAUAAAACUGAUCAGCUCUGAAGGAAAUUCAUACUGCUACCGUUGAGUAACAUAUUUAACCAGCAAUCAUGAGGCUGUUUUUUAGGAAACGAUUUGGUCCAGUCAAACUUGCCAUGGUUAGCGUAAUAUUUAUGAUCUUUAUUUUCAUACUUCAAAGAGAUAUUGUCAAACGAAGCCCAAAGGAUGACUCUUGGUUUAAAGACUUGUCAGGCGGGAAAGACCGCAUGCUGGGAAUUAUGUUCGGAGCGGUGAACAAUAUCCGAGAUUCGAUGCCCAGGUUUCAGAUCAUUGCUCCAGAUCGAGGACAAGAGAUUAUUGAUGACAGCAAGUCCUGUUUACCGGGGUUUUACACUGGGGCAGAACUGAAGACCUUCCUUCCUCGCCCUCCCGAGGAUCCUAACGCACCUGGUGCUGAUGCAAAGGCAUUUCACACAGACAAUCUCUCACCAGAGCAACAGGAGGAGAAAACACGUGGCCUUGACAAACAUUGUUUCAAUGCUUAUGCCAGUGAUCGCAUCUCCUUACACAGGACCCUCGGACCAGACACACGGCCUCCAGAGUGCAUUGAACAGAGAUUCAAGCGUUGCCCUCCUCUACCUUCAACCAGUGUGAUUAUAGUGUUCCACAAUGAGGCCUGGUCCACCUUGCUGAGGACAGUCUACAGUGUGAUGCAUACCUCUCCAGCCAUACUCCUCCAGGAAAUCUUGUUAGUGGAUGAUGCCAGCACAGAUGACUAUUUAAAAGAACAACUGGAUGAAUAUGUAAAGCAGUUCCGGAUAGUGAAGGUUGUCCGACAAGUGGAAAGGAAGGGAUUGAUAACUGCGAGGCUCCUGGGGGCUAGUGUCGCCACUGGAGAAGUGUUGACUUUUCUUGAUGCUCACUGUGAGUGCUUCAAUGGCUGGCUGGAACCUUUGCUGGGAAGAAUAGCUGAAAAUUAUACAGCUGUGGUAAGCCCUGACAUCACUACCAUUGACCUCAAUACCUUUGAAGUAUCCAAACCUGUCCAGUAUGGAAGGCAGCACAAUCGAGGUAACUUUGACUGGAGUUUAUCAUUUGGCUGGGAGGCCAUUCCACCUCAUGAGAUAGAAAGAAGAAAAGAUGAAACCUAUCCAAUCAAGACUCCUACGUUUGCCGGUGGCCUCUUUGCGAUCUCCAAAGCUUACUUUGAGCUGAUUGGAACAUACGACAACCAGAUGGAAAUAUGGGGAGGAGAGAAUGUGGAAAUGUCAUUCAGGGUCUGGCAAUGUGGUGGGCAGUUGGAAAUCAUUCCUUGCUCGGUGGUGGGCCAUGUGUUCCGUACCAAGAGCCCUCACAGCUUCCCAAAAGGUGUGCAGGUAAUUGCCCGCAACCAAGUGCGCCUGGCUGAAGUCUGGAUGGAUCACUACAAGGAGCUGUUUUACAGGAGAAAUCAGCAAGCAGCAAAGAUGGCACAGGAGAAAAGUUUUGGAGAUCUUUCAGAAAGGUUUCAGUUGAAAGAGCAUUUAAAAUGCAAGAACUUUACCUGGUACCUGCAAAACGUGUAUCCUGAAAUCUUUAUACCUGAUUUCUCUCCAGUGCGUUAUGGGGCAAUUAAAAACCAGGGAACGGGAAGCUGCCUGGAUGUUGGGGAAAACAAUCAUGGUGGGAAACCUCUGAUAAUGUAUCCAUGCCAUGGAAUGGGAGGCAACCAGUAUUUCGAAUACACAUCUCGGUCUGAAAUCCGCCACAACAUCGGGAAGCAACUGUGUCUUCAUGCUGUGUACGGCCCGGUUCGAUUAGAGCUAUGUAAAUACAAAGGAAAGGAUACAAGAGUGCCAGGAGAGGAACGCUGGGAAAUUUUACACGACAACCUAAAAAAUUCUGCCACAAAUCAGUGCUUGACUGCGUCAGGACAGAACCCAACCAUGGCCUCGUGCAACUCUGCAGACCCGUAUCAGCAGUGGUCUUUUAUCUAGCCAGAGGGAGGAGCUGCUCCGAGAAAGCAUCAGAAUUGGAUAAAAAGUGGACAACAUUGAAGUGGCCUGAUUUAAAAGCCAGCCUUUCACCAUUGAACCUUUUCGUGAUUGUGGAUUUUGCCUCUAAGCAUGGAGAGCAAAGAAAUCUCGUGGAUUGUGGAUUUCCACAAUAUUUUUUCCGUGUCCCAUUUGCUCUGGAAUUGAAGUUAUCCCCUUCUAAUUAUUUUAUAUAUUUAAUGUUAUCUUACCCCACCUCCCCAUCAUUGAAUAUUCCUCGUUUAAAAAUGAAUAUGAUUUGCACUGAAAAAGAGAAUGCAUGUGUUUUUAGGAACCUCUGCAUGUUCCAGAAGACUUAUGUGUCAGAUUUAGGUGGAUUUGGAUUAGAUUCAAUUUACAGGUAUAUCAAUUCAGCACUGUGACCCAAAGCAAGGCAGUAACAAAAUGUGAUACCAUCUUAUGCAUUUCAUGCAUUAUGCAGCAGGAAGUAAAUGGGAAUGAAUUGUGCUGUCAUUUACUUCCUGUUAUUGGAAGAAAGGGAGUGGGGAGAUGGUUGUCUGAACUCAUGUUUUGAUAUUUUCUUUAUCCAAAUAUGGCUGAGAAUUCCUGUUGAAAUUCCUAAAAUUUUGGGUUGGGAAACAAAUCAUUUCAAAUUUGAUGACAUUCACUUUGAUAGUCUCCACCUUUCCAUGCAGUCUAGCAUCUCAACAAAUUCCUUAAACACCAUGAAACCCUAGGUGCAGCACCAGAAAUACAAUUAUGUGGGAUUCCUGUUGCAAGCUGUUCAUUAAGCCAGUAAUUGGGAAGCAGACAAGGCAGUUCUCUGAAUGGUAAAUGCUCAACCUAAGCCAGGCUGUCAAAAUGACAAACGCAAGAAAGGGAUUUUUAAACAGAAAAAAAUCGGGAGGACAAGUCUAUUCAGAAAGUCUGCAUUAAUGUUGUUGCAUGUUGGAACAUAGUACUUACUGAAAAGCUUGGGCUUAGAUCUUGGUCCAGUCUCUCUAUCCUUGGUUUAGAACGAUACACUUUCUCAAUUGAAACAAUGCUGAAUUUAAAACCAGUUCGGCUGAAAAGGUUGUGGAUUCAACCCUGCCAUCUACUUUGACAGUACAGUACUCAUUCAAUAGCAUUGUUUCUUUGGACGAGAUGUUAAACUACAACUCCAUUUGCUCCCAUGGUACAUAAAUGCAGGUUUGUUAACUCAGUUUGGAGUUUAAGUAUGAUGAGUUAUCAGUGUCUUAAUGUAAGUUAUUGUAUAUUUUGGCACACCAUGUAUCAGAGCUCUAGUCAGAGAUGGCAAGAGAUAGCUGUUUUCCUAUGAAAUUAUAAACCCCCUCUCAACUAUUCACCAGGGAAAGAUGUAGAUAGGAAAGACAUUUCUCCUGAAGGUAGUGGGAUGGUAAAGUGUGUCACCUCAAAGUUAACAUUUUAAAUAAGAGAAGGGUACGUGGGCUGGAGACGGCAUAAGGAUCAUGUUGAAAUGGACCAGAAAAAAAACACAGAAGUUCCUUGAAUCAUUCAAGUGAGACUUUUGUCCCCAGAUUUCUGCUGGAAAUAUGUUCUGGUUUUUGAUAUUCUUCAAUUAGUACAAAUUAUGAAUCUCCAAAAGAAUAUUGUAUCAAAUGGGAAACGAAUAUUAAAGGGAAAAUGUAACCCUC